ACCAUGGGCAGGAUUAUUUUCUACGAGGACAGGAACUUCCAGGGUAGGUCCUAUGAGUGCAGCAGUGACUGCUCUGACAUCCACACGCACGUGAACCGCUGUAACUCCUGCAGGGUGGACAAUGGGUGCUUCAUGGUGUACGACCGCCCCAACUUCAUGGGUAAUCAGGUCUUCUUGAAGAGAGGGGAGUACUCAGAUUUUCAGCACAUGGGCAGCAUGAUGGGCAUGCCGAUGAUGGAUAACAUUUACUCUUGUCGCAUGAUCCCCAUGCACAGAGGACAGUUCAGGAUGAGGAUCUAUGAAAGGGAGAACUUCGGAGGCCAGAUGCACGAGCUGAUGGACGACUGUGAGUCUCUCCAGGAUCGUUACUCUAUGUCUGACUGCCAGUCCUGCAACGUGAUGGACGGCCACUGGCUGAUGUUUGAGCAACCCAACUACAGAGGCAGGAUGCUGUACGUGAGGCCAGGAGAGUACAGGAACCUCAGAGAGAUGGGAAUGAGCAACUUGACGAGAAUCAGCUCCAUCAGACGCAUCAUGGAUAUGUGCUGA